ACUUUACACACUCCUCCUAUUCGAGAAUGAGCGAUGGAGAUAUUGCAGCUCACCCUCAAAAAGGGGCAUGUUGGUCAAGUCGAACCUGUCAUCCUGUUGUCAAUAUUGUUCGAGUAGGACCUACAUGUACAAAGACAUUGACGUUCCCAACAAAGACUAUGCCUUCAGCCGAAGAACAUCAAUACCAACAAUUCCGAGAGGCAGGCGACAACAUCAUUGAAGAAGUUUGUGUCAGAACUGCUUCCACCUCCACAAGCAAUGGCGACUCGUCAUUCUACGUGAGUUUGCAAGACAUUCGAGACGUGUUUCCGGAUGCACUAAUCGAGCCUCCACGCAUUGCAUUCUAUCCUAACAAGAUUCUAGACGUCAUUACAAGAAAACCGCAGCUCAACAACAGCAACAACAACAGCAACAACAACAGCGACACCGUCAUCCAUUUACCAAUAUCGAGAAAGUCGCUAAAUCCGGUUUCUCAGGACUCUAAUUUAUCAUUAUCAGACUCGGCUCAAUCAUCCAACUCAUCUCUUACUAUUCGUAAUAACGAGAUAAGCCUUGACCAAAUUAAAGAGUUGCUGCUGGAGGUCAAAGGGAGGGGCGACGAGAUGCUUAAAUCGCAAUUGGAGGCUAAAGAGAAGGAUGAAAUGAUAAUUAGUUUACAACAACAGGCUCUCGAUAGACUUGCCACCCUUCAAAAGUAUGCUGAUGCUAUCCUCGUCCAGAACUUUGAGCUACACGAGUAUCCAAUUCCUCGACUAUUUAUAAUUCUGCCUGUCGACAGCACCAAAUGGGAUCCAAUGAAUGUUUUGGGGAACAAGUUCCGUCUUCAUUUCUUAUCGGGAAUGCCCUUGGCUACUUCUCUAACACCAAUCCCAAAUCUCGAUGCCGCUCUAAAUCAUUCAAUCAAUUAUAUGGAAAUGCUCUCUAAGGAGUAUCCAAUCUUGGACAACAUGAAUAAAAUUGAUGACUAUGAGGCACUUGAAGGAGCUGAUCUCCGACGGCUGGGCACAUUUCUUCGAAUCAACGAUGAGGACAGGAAACUUGGCAACUUGUACAGGAUCACGACCGAAACAGGCCAUGUCAAAUGGGUUUGUUUCGAGCACUAUCGUUCGACAUACAGGGAGAAGGAACAGAAAGCAUUUGAAAAUGCAGUGGUGAUGAAUGGUGGCAAAUAUGAUUCAUAUCUUGGUAGAGCAAUUAUCACAUUGAGGUCCAGAACCAGAGCUGGAGAAUUCUUUAAUGCGCUGGCCAAUGCAAGACGUAUUUACGAGUUGGAUAUCUUAUUCAGCUGGGACUGGUCCAAGACUGACCUUGAAGCAUUUGUGAACGCCUUAAUGACGUCAAGUGUAUCGAUUCUUCGACUUGAGCUUGGACGUUUUCGAGAAGCAUCGUGGAAACUACUUUCAACAUCCUCGCGAUAUGAAGCACUUGUUCGUAUCAUAGAGCUUAGCAAGAUAAGAUCGAUCCAUAUUGUCCUACCUCCCAAUCUCAUGAAGAUCCCCAGUUUACAACACAAAAGGUCAUCAGACCUUCAUAAGUUAACUAUUGAGAUGAAACCUCAAAGGAUUGGAGCUAGUAAUUUUCAAUUACUUGUAAAUUUACUUAAGACGGACACAGUUUUAACGACCUUAAGCUUGAAGGGCAACUCAGUUGGGAAUGAAGGAGCUCUGGCAUUGUCGGAGGCGCUUAGGACUAAUAUGGCUUUGUCCACCUUGAACUUGGAGCACAACUCGAUUUCAAAAGAAGGGGCUCUUGCAUUAUCGGAGGCACUUGGGGCUAACAAGACCUUGACCACAUUGAACCUGAGGGGCAAUCUAAUUGGGAAAGAAGGGAUCCUGGCCUUAUCAAAGGCACUCGACACUAACACGACCUUAUCUACUUUGGACUUGGAUUGCAAAAUAAUCGGGGAUAAAGCGAUUGUGGCACUGUCAAAGGCACUCAAGGCUAACACGACCCUGACCACAUUGAACUUGAGGUAUAGUUCAAUUGGGGGUCUGGCAGUCAAAGCACUGUCAGAGGCACUCAAAACUAACACGGCGUUGACCACAUUGAUCUUGGAUUUCAACUCAAUUCUAUAUGGAGGAAUUUUGUAUCUAUCAGAAGCACUCAAGAUUAAUACAACGUUGGCCACCUUGAACUUGGAAAUCAACAGGAUUGACAAGGAAGGAGCGCUGGCGCUGUCAGAGGCGCUCGAGGAUAACGUAGGUCUGACCAUCUUGAGUUUGGAGAGCAACUCAAUUGGGGUGGAGGGGGCUCUGGCGCUGUCAAAGGCACUCAAGACAAACACAACCUUGACCGCAUUGAAAUUACAGUGUUCCCUGAUGUGCAAAAAGUGA